AUGACGAUCAACGACAGUGCUAGCGGGUACAGCUCAAUCGACAGCCUUGGGGAUGUCAAUAAACAGGAUGUCCUUACCGAUGCUAGUAAUCACACACAUAGCCUGACCAAUGGGGCCAACCACACUAAUGGAGUUAGUCAUGGAGAUGGGACUAGCAAAGGCCUUACAAACGACGAAGGUAUAGUUCCCCAUGAUGCUGUUGCCGAAUCCAUUGCCAUUGUGGGUAUGGCCAUGCGCCUUCCUGGCGGCGUCAAAGACGGCUCUGGUUUCUGGGACUUAUUAAUGGAGAAGCGGGAUGGGCGUAUACGCGUUCCUGAAGACCGCUACAAUGUGGAUGCGUUUUACGACGAAAGCGGAAAGCCGGGGACCGUCCGUACGCAGUAUGGGAAUUUCCUGCAAGACAAUCUUAAACACCUUGACACAUCCUUUUUCUCAAUGACGCGGUCCGAGACUGAAAAGCUUGAUCCGCAGGCAAGGUUGCUUCUGGAGGUCAGCCGAGAAGCCUUUGAGAACGCUGGGGAGAUGCACUGGCGAGGGCAAGGCAUUGGAUGCUAUGUUGGUGUGUUCGGAGAGGACUGGCAGGAUAUUCACCUGAAGGAUAGCCAGGAUGCGGGCAUGUACCGUGUCACGGGAUAUGGCGAUUUCCUAUUAGCCAACCGUAUCUCUUAUGAAUACGACAUGAAAGGCCCCAGUGUGACUAUUAAGACCGGCUGUUCCUCGUCGCUCAUCUGCCUGCAUAUGGCGUGUAAAGCAAUUGCGAAUAGCGAGUGCAAUGGGGCCAUCGUGGCGGGUACCAACUUGAUCAUGUCACCCACGAUGACCAUCGCCAUGUCUGAGCAAGGCGUCCUCUCGCCAGACGCGGCCUGUAAAUCAUUCGAUGCGCGAGCUAAUGGCUAUGCUCGCGGAGAAGCCAUCAAUGCCUUAUACAUUAAACGACUCAGUGACGCAGUCAGAGAUGGAAACCCUAUUCAAGCAGUGAUUCGGGCUACGGCCAGCAACUGUGAUGGCCGAACGCCGGGCAUCUCGCAUCCCAGCAGUGAAAGCCACGAAGCCUUGAUGCGAGCAGCCUAUACCGCGGCCGGCCUCGAUGAUUACUCGAAAGUGGGAUUUGUUGAAUGCCACGGCACAGGCACCUCAAUCGGGGAUCCGUUGGAGGCACAGGCCGUCGCGAAUGUUUUUGGAGAACGAGGAAUAUACAUUGGUUCGUGUAAACCAAAUGUUGGCCACUCUGAGGGUGCAUCUGGCGUCACGGGAGUCAUUAAAGGAGUGCUUGCGUUGCAACACAAGACCAUUCCCCCGAAUAUCAACUUUCAAACUCCUAACCCCAAACGUAUGCCCCCCAUGGAACCUGCCGUGAUUGCGUGUGCUGAUAGGAUCGCUCGCUCAGUUCCGUUCGAUAAGCUCAAGGUGCCAUUGGAACCCAUUUCAUGGCCUGAAUACAGUGCCGAAAGAGUCUGUGUCAAUUCCUUCGGCCUGGGUGGAGCUAAUGCGACGGUAAAUGCCAUCGCCGAUCUUGCGUACACUCUUGGUGCGCGUCGAGAGCAUUUGCCCUUCCGAACAUUCAUGGUUACCGGUGACAGCACCACUGAGGCACCCCUGGGAGUGAAACGCAACGGUGAACAGACCGUGAACUUUGUGUUCACGGGCCAAGGGGCUCAGUGGGUUGGAAUGGGCAGGGAGCUACUAACUAAUUAUCCCCUUGCUCUAGAGACCAUCCGGCAACUCGACCAGACCCUACAGCGACUUCCAGAUGGCCCGUCAUGGUCCAUGGAAACGGAGCUUCUAGCCAACGACUCUGGAGCCGAGGGUGAAAAGAGGACCAUCAAUUUUGGAAAGGCGGAAUUCGCACAGCCUCUCUGUACGGCCCUGCAGAUUGCCAUUGUGAACCUUUUCCAGUCGUGGGGAAUCACUCCGCACGCUGUGGUCGGCCACUCUAGUGGAGAGAUUGCGGCUGCAUUCGCCGCACAUGCCAUCACCCAAGAGGAGGCGAUCAUUGCUGCCUUUUACCGCGGGCUGAAUACCCGGUUGCAGACCAAGCGGGGUGGAAUGGCUGCCGUUGGCCUUGGGAAGGAGGACGUGAUGCCCUUCCUGGUGGACGGGGUGGUGGUGGCCUGCGAGAACAGUCCCAGCAGUGUGACCCUGUCCGGCGAUGUGGAACCGUUGGAGACGGUCCUCGAGCACAUCAAACAAGAGCGGCCAGGCACGUUUGCUAGAGCGUUGAAGGUUGAAAUGGCGUAUCAUUCUCACCAUAUGCAGGAGAUUGGCGGGGAAUAUCAGGCGUCGAUCGACCACUUGAUCGACGCGAGGAAACCCGAGAUCAAAUUCUAUUCCAGCGUCACGGGGGAGCUGGUGGACCAGGCAGGAUUCUUGGGCCCUGCGUACUGGCGUGCCAACCUGGAAUCGCCCGUGCGGUUCUCCACGGCCGUCAGCGCUCUUCUGGAGGGCAGCGCCGGGGACCAGGUCUUUGUUGAAAUUGGUCCGCACGCCGCCCUCCUGGGCCCUCUGCGUCAGAUCUUCAAAGCGUGCAAUGCCUCGAACUCGAUGUCCUGCUCUGCAUUAGUUCGGAACGUCAGGAGCACCACGAGCAUCUUGCAAUGUGUCGGACAACUGUUUAUGCGAGGGAUCGCCAUUGACUUCCACGCCAUGGCGCCAGGCAACGUUCUCACCAAUCUGCAGCCAUACCCGUGGCACCACGAAGCCGAGUACUGGGACGAAAGCCGCAUUUCCAAGGACUGGCGUCUGCGCCAAUUCCCCCACCACGAGAUUCUCGGCAGCCGCAUCACGGACGGCUCGGGGCUGGAGCCGACCUGGCGAAAUAUGCUGCGGACGGAAGAAUGUCCCUGGGUGCGAGACCACCAGAUCUCCAGCGACAUCAUCUUCCCCGGUGCAGGGUACAUUGCCAUGGCGGGUGAGGCGAUUCGGCAGUUAACGGGGGCGGAGGACUUUACGUGUCGCGAGGUAAUCAUCGCUUCAGCCAUGGUGAUCAGCGAGUCGCAAGCCACCGAAAUCAUCACCUCGCUGAGGCCACUCCGUCUGACCGACUCCCUCGACUCGGUGUGGCACGAAUUCUACAUCUCGUCGUACAACGGCACGUCCUGGACCAAGCACUGCUCGGGGCAGGUCCGACCCGGGGCGGAUCACGAAUUGCAGGCCCCCGCAUAUCAAGCACUGCCCAGGCCCGUCUCGUCCGCGAAAUGGUAUCAGACCAUGCGAAAUGUUGGACUGAACUACGGGCCCCGAUUCCAGGGUUUGGAUGAGAUCUCCACGGGCACGAACGAGAUGGUCGCAAAUGCUUCCGUGUGCAAUGAAGUGGACGCCAACGAAGGCAUUCACGCCUUGCACCCGUCCACUAUUGACAUAUGCAUCCAGCUAUUCAGCGCAGCAGCCGCAUGUGGCCAGUCGCGCAACCUCACCCUGCUUUCUGUGCCCAGUGCUAUCGACCACCUUUAUAUCGCGCGACCCGAGGGCAAGAUAGACUUGGCCGUCAAGGCAUCUGCUACUCCCCGGGGCUUGAUUAUAGGCAAUGGACUUGCAUCGUCGGGUGGAAAGGUGGUGCUUGAGAUCACAGGGCUCAAGCUGCAUCCGCUGGAAGAUAGUGGCGUCCUGCGCGGUGCAGACCCCCAUGCAGCGUGCCACCUUCACUGGAAGCCAGAUAUUGACUUCCUUGACCCUGCUGACCUCAUUCGGCCGGCCAACGCGGGAAGCCAACGCCAGUGGUAUCUCCCCGUCGAGAGAUUGGCGCUAAUGUGCAUGAUUGAGAGCAGCCACCAGCUGAGGUCUCUCCAGACCCCAGCGGGUCACCUCACCAAGUACCAGUCCUGGUUGGAGCAUGAAGCAUCUCGUGCAGCGGAAGGAUAUAAUGUGCUAGUCGAGGGGCCACAGGCGAUUGUCGCCAUGGAUUCGGUAGCGCGGGUGGCUGAAAUAGAACGGCUCACGGAGCAAAUCGUGUCCACCCCAGCCGGGGCAGCUGCCAUUGCGGUUCGGAGGAUCUUUGACGCCAACAAGGAGAUCUUCCAGGGAACCGCUGAUCCCCUGGAACUGUUGCUGGCAGAUAAUAUCCUCGCCCAGGUGUAUGAUAUGGGAGACCGAUGGCAACACGCAGACUUUUUCCAUGCUCACUGCCAUGCCAAACCCUGGCUGCGGAUUCUGGAAAUCGGUGCUGGUACGGGUGGCACCACGGCCAAAGUGCUCGACCACUUGAGCUCUCACGGAGAGCGCAUGUAUGUCCUGUAUUCGUACACCGACAUCUCCGCGGGCUUCUUUAUUGAAGCGAAGAAUCGAUUUGCCAACCACGCCAACGUCGAAUAUUCCGUGUUGGAUAUCACCAAGGACCCCGCCGAGCAAGGAUUCGAGCUGGGCUCCUACGAUAUUAUCAUUGCGACAAAUGUCCUCCAUGCCACCCCACAGCUUGGUGAGACACUGGCCAAUGUUAAGAAGCUUCUCCAACCGGAUGGCUGUCUCUUCCUGGAUGAACUGUGCUCCACUGCCAAUUGGUUGAACUAUAUCAUGGGUACGCUCUCUGGCUGGUGGCUCGGUCAGGAUGACGGCCGUGUGUGGGAGCCAUAUGUCUCUCCCGAGAGAUGGGUGCGGGAGAUGGAAGCGGUGGGAUUUGGGGAGGCAACGGUCGUGUAUGACGAUGUGGCUCCAUACCAGGCCAACGCUCUCAUUGUUGCAUCUCCCAAGCCUGUCGGGGAGAGUAAAUCCUCGAGAACGAUCUCCCUACUCUGCAACAAUACCCAUCAACCUCUCUUCGUCGAUGAGGUGGAGGAUCAGCUGCGAGAGGUGGGUUACGCCGUCGAACGGUCGACAUUGGAUGAGCCACCGAAGCCGGGACAGGACAUUGUGUGUCUGCUCGACAUGCCAGAACCAUUCCUAGAGAACAUAUCCGAGAAAGAGUUCCAGGACCUGGUCCGGUUUCUCCAUGCGGUUGACACUGACUCUGGUAUCCUGUGGCUCACCCGAGCGGGACAGAUGAACUGCAAGGACCCCAGAUGGGCCCAGUCGCUGGGUCUUGCCCGCACCGUUCGGAACGAGCUCGCGGUCGAUAUGGCCACCCUGGAGCUGGACAGCCUUGGGCGCGAAGCCAGCGCGGCAGUCGCCCAGGUGUUGCAUAAAUUCCAGCGCCGUGGAAAUUCCGAGGACUACGAUCCUGACUAUGAAUGGGUCCUCGACAACGGCAAGAUUCACAUUGGCCGGUUCCAUUGGUUCUCCGUGAGCGACACGCUGUCUCGCACCAGGCCGAGUUGCGCGCUACCAAAGAGACUGGAGAUCGGCAAGCGAGGCUUUCUGGGGACCCUCGGAUGGGUCCAGCAACCCACGCGUGUCCUGAUUGAGGGUCAAGUGGAGAUUGAGGUUCGUGCAGUGGGCAUGAACUUCAAGGAUGUUCUGAUUGCUCAGGGCAUUGUUGACGGCCACCCCAGUGAGGGCAACGGCCUGGGCUGCGAGUGUGCCGGCAUCGUCCGCCAGAUCGGGCCCGGCGUGGAGAACGUCUCCGUGGGAGACAGAGUGAUGGUCUUUGCCGGGGGGUCUUACGCGACAUCACUCGUCACCCGCGCAUCACUGUGUGCCAGAAUCCCAGCAGACCUGUCGUUCGAGGAGGCGGCGACCAUGCCCUGUGUCUAUAGCACUGUGGUUCACAGUGUCAUCCACCUGGGCAGACUGCGAAGGGGACAGAGUGUGCUGAUCCAAUCCGCUUGUGGUGGUAUUGGACUUGCUGCAAUUCAGAUCUGCCAGAUGAUCGGCGCGACGAUUUUCGCAACGGUGGGAACGGAAGCCAAGGCCCAACAUCUGGUGGACACGUAUGGCAUCCCUCGCAGCCAUAUAUUCAACUCGCGCAACGCCACCUUUCUUCCCGAUGUUCUCCAUGCCACGAGCGGACGCGGCGUUGAUCUGGUCCUCAACUCGCUUUCCGGAGACCUACUACACGCAUCGUGGAAGUGCGUCGCAGCGUACGGAUCAAUGGUCGAGAUCGGAAAACGGGACUUCAUCGGUCAUGCCAGGCUGAAUAUGGACAUGUUCGAAGCCAACCGGGCCUUCUUCGGGGUGGACUUUGCUCAGAUCUGUGCCGAGAGACCUGAUAUCACUCAAGCCAUCUUGGAAGAAUGCGUUGGAUACUACACCCAGGGAUCGAUACGCCCUAUCAGCCCGGUGACGUACUUCCCUGCCGACAGGAUCCAAGAGGCGUUCCGAUUCAUGCAGAAGGGGUCUCACAUCGGCAAGAUUGUCGUGACCAUGCCAGAUGACCCAGAGAUUCUACCCACGACGGGGAAGCAGAACAAACUAGCCUUGCGAUCAGAUGCUUCUUACCUGCUUGUCGGCGGCCUGGGUGGCCUAGGUCGUGCUAUCUCUACUUGGCUCGUUGAGAAUGGGGCCGAGCAUCUAGUCUAUCUCUCCCGUUCAGCAGGCCAGUCCACCCAGGACCAGCUGUUCUUUUUAGAGCUGCAAGCUCAGGGCUGCUCUGUCCAGGCAUUCCCAGGCAGUGUCUCCGUCCUCGGCGAUGUCGAGCGAGCGAUUCAGGGUGCCCGGCUGCCCGUCGCAGGGAUCCUGCAAAUGUCUAUGGUGCUAAGGGAUGGAAAACUCGGCCAGAUGGGUAUCAACGACUGGGAAGCGGCCACCAAACCCAAGGUGGACGGAACCUGGAAUCUUCACAACGCGACCCAGUCGAUGCCAUUGGACUUUAUGGUGAUGUUCAGCUCAUUCUCCGGUCUGGUUGGACAACGCGGACAGUCCAAUUACGCUUCCGCCAACACGUUCCUGGACGCCUUCGUUCAGUAUCGCCAUGCCCACGGUUUGCCGGCAUCGGUCCUCGAUAUUGGCCCCGUCGAAGAUAUUGGCUAUGUCAGUACGAACAAAAUGGUUCUCGAUCAAUUCAAGGCCACGAAUCUGCACGUGCUGCAAGAGAGAGACCUCCUUGACUCUCUGCAUGUGGCCAUCUUAUCCUCCUCGCCCAUACCAUCCAUACCGUUUGUCGAUGGUUUCGUCAAUGAGAGCCAAAUCGGCCUUGGUCUCCGGAUGACGGUGCCAUCCCAAGCCCCGAACAACCGAUGCAUCUGGAAACGCGACCGGCGCAUGGCAAUCUACCGCAACAUCGAGCAAGUGGGAGAAUCCACUGGCUCCAGUGCGACGGGGGUGGGACUGCGGCAAUUCCUCGCCGAAGCCGAGGCCAAUCCUUCCAUGCUCAAAGAAGCCAGCAGUGUCGACUUUCUCGCGACGGAGUUGGGGAAGACCCUGCAUGGAUUCCUGCUGCUCGCAGAGGAGGAAGUCGACAUCUCCCGGUCCAUCUCCAGUAUGGGCGUGGAUUCGCUCGUGGCGAUCGAGCUGCGCAACUGGUGCCGACACAAGAUGGGGCUGGAGAUUACUGUCUUGGAGAUUCUUGACCUGCCCACUUUGAAGGCCUUUGGUGAGGCUGCUGCGCAACGUCUAUUCUCGAAGUUCGGGGGCGGCGAAGAACAUGUGCGCGAAUCGUUCUUGAACAUGAAGGCCCCAUAAGACUCUUGGAUACACGCUGGCGGC